UCCUACCCCGGCCGGGCGAGCUCCGCGUCUCUGCCGCGCCUGCCGGAGCCGGGCGGGCUCAGAGCCCGAGAAUGGACGCCGAGGAGCCACGGGAACCCCGAGAGCCCGGGCCUGGGGCAGAGACAGCGGCAGCGCCACGUUGGGAGGAAGCCAAGACUUUCUACGACAACGUCGCACCCAAGAAGAAACCCAAAUCGCCCAGGCCCCAGAAUGCGGUCACCAUCGCCGUGUCCUCCCGAGCCCUGUUCCGCAUGGACGAGGAGCAGCGGAUAUACACAGAGCAGGGCGUGGAGGCCUACGUGCGCUACCAGCUGGAGCACGAGAACGAGCCCUUCGGCCCUGGGCCUGCCUUCCCCUUCGUGAAGGCUCUGGAGGCUGUGAACAGGCGGCUGCGCGAGCUGUACCCAGACAGUGAGGACCUCUUCGACAUCGUGCUCAUGACCAACAACCACGCUCAAGUGGGCGUCCGCCUCAUCAACAGCAUCAACCACUACGACCUGUUCAUCGAGAGGUUCUGUAUGACGGGUGGGAACAGCCCCAUCUGCUACCUCAAGGCCUACCACACCAACCUCUACCUGUCAGCCGAUGCAGAAAAGGUGCGGGAGGCCAUUGAUGAGGGGAUCGCAGCCGCCACCAUCUUCAGCCCCAGCAAGGAUGUGGCCGUGUCCCAGAGUCAGCUGCGCGUGGCCUUCGAUGGGGACGCCGUGCUCUUCUCAGACGAGUCAGAGCGCAUCGUGAAGGCCCAUGGGCUGGACAGAUUCUUCGAACAUGAGAAGGCUCACGAGAACAAGCCACUGGCACAGGGCCCCCUAAAGGGCUUCCUGGAGGCGCUAGGCCGGCUGCAGAAGAAGUUCUAUGCCAAGGGCCUACGGCUGGAGUGCCCGAUCCGCACUUACUUGGUAACGGCCCGCAGUGCAGCCAGCUCCGGAGCCCGGGCUCUCAAGACACUGCGUAGCUGGGGCCUGGAAACGGACGAGGCCCUGUUCCUGGCUGGUGCACCCAAGGGCCCCCUCCUAGAGAAGAUCCGCCCACACAUCUUCUUUGAUGACCAGCUGUUCCACGUGGCUGGGGCUCAGGAGAUGGGCACCGUGGCUGCCCACGUGCCUUAUGGCGUGGCACAAGCGCCCCGACGAACUUCACCCACAAAGCAGGCCCCACCUGAGCAGUAGCCAAGCUGCCUUGCUCUGGGCUCCCCAUUGCAACAUGACGGACCCCACAUCCUGUGGACCCUGUUAGCUCCUUCUGCAUGUCUGCUUCAUCCCCAUGAGUGAGGGGACUUGUAGAAAGUCAGAGGUCUGGGCCAGUAUUCUCACCAUCCCUCCUUUUGGGCAAACACUGGGCUGUGAUCCUGGACAAAAUGGCUGGAUCUCAGGGAGAAGCUGGUGGGGCUGAGGAUCACAGAAGCCAGUGUGGUUGGAAUGAAAUCCAGUUCAGAGGCUGAUGCCAUGGCGCAGCAAGUUAUGCUGGCAUCCCAUAUGUGUGCCAGAUCAAGCCCUGGUUG